AUGAGUUUCGCUGGCAUGCUGAACCGCCUCCAUGGCCAACCCGAGAGCUAUGAGAAAAAAUCAAAGUACAGGUUCGGACGAACCCUCGGCGCUGGCACAUACGGUGUCGUGCGCGAGGCCGAUGGCCCUACCGGCAAGGUGGCCAUCAAGAUCAUCCUGAAGAAGAGCGUCAAGGGCAACGAGCAGAUGGUGUACGACGAGCUGAACCUCCUUCAGCGGCUGAAGCAUCCUCACAUUGUCAAGUUCGUCGACUGGUUUGAGUCGAGAGACAAGUUUUACAUCGUCACCCAGCUCGCCACUGGUGGUGAGUUGUUCGACCGAAUCUGCGACCAGGGAAAAUUCACCGAAAAGGACGCCUCUCAGACCAUCAAGCAGGUCUUGGACGCCGUGAAAUACCUACACCAGAACAAUGUUGUUCACCGAGAUCUGAAGCCAGAGAACCUCAUCUACGUAACACAGGACCCAGACUCCGAUUUGGUAUUGGCCGAUUUUGGUAUUGCCAAGACGCUGGACAGCAAAGACGAGACGUUGAAGACAAUGGCCGGCUCCUUUGGCUACGCAGCUCCCGAAGUCAUGGCCAAGCAGGGCCACGGAAAGCCGGUGGACAUGUGGUCUCUCGGUGUCAUCACUUACACCCUCCUCUGCGGCUACUCUCCCUUCCGCAGCGAGAACCUCCAGGAUCUGCUUGACGAGUGCACCAGGGGGUCCGUCAUCUUCCAUGAGAGGUAUUGGAAAGAUGUCAGCGCGGAUGCCAAAGACUUCAUCAACUGUCUCAUCGUUCCCGACCCCAACAGCAGAUGGACAGCAGAGCAAGCACUCGGCCACAUCUGGCUCAGUGGUAAGAACGCCACCGACCACGACCUGCUGCCCGAACUGCGCAAGGCUCGCGAAGCCCGCGCGAAGCUCAAGCACGCCAUCCUGGCCGUCAGCCUCCGGAAACGAAUCGCCGCCCUUCAAGACGUCGAAUCCGACUCCGACAGCGACGAGAUGGCCGCUGCCGAGGAGGCCAUUCCCGGACAGCCUCCCGCCAACUCGUCCAAGACGAACGUGCUGCGCGAAAAGGUCAAGGACGGUUCUCUUUUCCGCUCCGUGGCCCUGGCUGCUAUCAGAGACCAUGCCGCCAAGAAGGAGGCUGAGAUCACGGAUGAGGAUCUGGCCAAGCAAGCCAACAGGAAGAGCUUCAACAGUGAAACUCGACCCUGA